ACUCUCUUCUCUCUCACCUUUGUUAUUUUCUCUUCUCCUUCAGUUGCAUCAAUGGCAGAAGAAGACGACUUUUGGAAAGCGGAAUGGGUGGAAGUGGAGCGCAAAAUCGCGGAAGGCGAAUCCAAGCCCUUCUCCGUCGCACUUGCGGAGGAGAAGCUCAACAGGCUCAUCCUAUCCGAGGGAGAAUCCUCAAACACCGCCGCAGACAAACAAGAAAACCAAACCAACGUUAACCUCAAAACCUCGGACGACGUGGCGUUCGAGGUCAAAGCCUGGAUCGCGAAGGAGAUGGAGACGGUGCAGUCCUUCAUCGACACCAGCGGCGACAGCACCGUCGUGAUCCCGCUCCCCAACGUGACCAGCCGCGAACUCCGCCACAUCCUGAAGUACUGCGAGGAGCACCGCCGCAUCGGCGACGACAAGAAGGCGCUGAAGGAGUUCGACGACAAUUUCAUGAAGGCGCUGAGCCCCGACGAGAUGAAGGAGCUUCUUUUCGCGGCAAACUACCUCAACAUGAAAGAAUUUCUUGAUUUUCUUUGCGGCGGAAUCGCCCAGAUGCUGGAGAACAAGAGCGUGGAGUUUGCCAGAGAUUUCUUCGGCAUCGAGAACGACUUCACUCCAGAGGAGGAGGCGUCGUAUCGUGAAGCCAACGCCUGGGCAUUCGAGAACAUUGACGACAGUAGUUAGGGUUUUGAUUUUUUCUCGCUUUCUCAAGAAUGUGGAUCUUUGUUAGUUUGUUGUUGUUUUGUGGAUCUUUGAUAGUUUGUUGUUCGGAAGGAUUGGGUCAUUAAACACCUUUCGUUUUUAUCAA